AUGCGUCCUCCAAUGAAAAGAGUCAACUACAACAUUGGAGACAAAGUAGAAGUAUGCAGUAGAGAACAAGGAUUCGUUGGUUCUUACUAUAAAGCCACAAUUGUUUCGUGUCUUCAAAAUGAAAAAUUUAUGAUUCGUUAUGAGAAUUUGUUGUCAGAUGAUGAGUCUGGACCUCUCAAUGAAACAAUCCAUCGAAGAGAGCUCCGCCCAUUACCGCCGCGUGUUCGCAAUCCACCUGAAUUCCAUUUAAAACAAAAAGUUGAUGUUUUUGAUAACGAUGGUUGGUGGUUAGGAGAAAUUACUAGUGAGAAGACUCUCUACGAAGAUUAUUAUUAUUACAAAGUGUAUUUUAACACUACUGAUCAGAUGAUUUACUAUCCUUGCGAUCAGAUUAGAGGCCAUCAUGAAUGGAUUUAUGGAGAGUGGAUCUUAGAAAAAUAA